ACAGUUGAUAGAUGAAUGAUCGGUAUCACGCAUAUACGCAUUUUAUAGAGGAGCGAGUAGUCUAGUUGUAUUAUAUUGUGAGGUAAUUGUUAUUAAAAGGAAUACGGAUUCUCUUCAAAACAUUAGGGAAUAAAUUAGGUAUAUUCCACUGUUUUGUUAAAACAUGAGUGAUGGCAAUUUAAUGGAUACGGAUCCCUCAGAAGAGAACUUCGAAGAAGAUGUCGGCUUUGAUAAUGAUAUCGAUUUAUCCAAGGAUUAUGCACUUAGGGGACGUGGUCGAGGAGGUUUCCCAAAAGGACCGCCUCCUCGCUGGCCAGGUCCACCACCACGAAUGGAUCACCCCCGAUUCCGAGGCAGAGGUUUCGGUCCUGGAGGCCCUCCACCUCAGUUCGUCAGAGGAAGACCACCGAUGUUUGGUAGAGGCGGCCCUCCUAGAAACCCACCUCCAGGCUUCAAUGGUCCUCCGAAUUUCGGAGGUCCUGGCUGGGGAGGUCCCUCAGGCCCUCCGCCUCUAAUGGGUCUUGGUCCCAGAGGUCCUCCUGGUGGUCCCCCGGGUGGCCCUCCGGGAACCCAUAGUGGUCCACCCGGAACUCAUAUACCACCUCCGGGAGGUCUUGUUGGGCCACCUCCCAGUCUUUCUGGACCACCACCUGGGACACUGAGUGGUCCACCUCCAGGAGGCUUGAGUGGGCCUCCACCUGGGAGUUUAAGUGUGCCCCCACCAGGAGGUAUGAGCGGGCCUCCACCUGGAGGUUUGAGCGGGCCACCUCCUGGAGGUUCUGGUCCAGAAUCAGGUGGACCACCUCCAAGUGUUUCACCUUCAGCAGCUGGUUCGCAAUCAGCUGGAGGGUCUAACGGGGCGCAGGGACAAGAAGGGACAAGUGGAGGGUCAGGUUCUGCUCAGGGUGGAUCAGGAGGGUCUGCUUCAAGUGGAAGUCCAGCUGUUUCUAUGGGAUCAGGGUCUACUUCAAGUUCGGGUCAAACUGCUGGUAGUCAGAGUAAUGUUAGCAGCAACGCCGGAAGUCAAGUAACACCAAGCCCUGGAGCUAUAACUUUUGCACCUCCAAGUUUACUAGGAGGACCCCCAACCACAAAUAGUGGACAGACUCAACCAGCUGGUCAAACUACUUCAACACCUACAGGGGGCCCAGAUUCAAAUGUCGAGAUAUGGGUUGAAACGAAAACGGCCGAAGGCAAGUCUUACUUUUAUAAUGCUCGUACUAGAGAAACUACCUGGACUAAACCAGAUGGACCUAAUAUAAAAGUAAUCUCGCAGGAUCAGGUAGAGGCUAUGGCCCAAGCGGCCACGGGUCCCAUCGUCCAAAAUACAUCCACGGCUGCUCAAGCUGCACUGGCUCAAGCUAACAUAUCCAAUAAGAUGGAUGAAUCCGAGGACUCCAAACCAGAGCCAGUCAAGCAACCGAUUCCGGUUUCCACUCCCCUCACGCAGCAUCUGCCGCCGCACGCUCUGUUGGGGCCCCCUCCGGGGCUCGCCCCCUUCUCGCUACCCGGUCAGUUUGGUGCGCCUCCCUUCGGUCUCCCUCCGCCAGGCUUCCAAACUCCCUGGCCUGGCGGCCCGGGACAGCCGGGAUGGCCUGGAGCACCUCCUGGUGCGCCUUGGGCGUUGCCUCCGGGCCUUCUCACCGGCAUGCCCGGCGCCCUAGCUGCUAUAGACGAAGCUGCGAUCAUGUCCAAAGUCGAUCCUGAGAUCAUCGCAAGGGCUUCGGAAUGGACGGAACACAAGGCACCCGAUGGACGGUUCUACUACUAUAAUGCUAAGAAAGGCGAGUCUGUUUGGGAGAAGCCGCAGCCUCUCAAAGAUUUGGAAACUGCUAAAUUGGCUGCCGCUCAGGGUAUAUCCACGAAGCCGGUCCUGGAAGUGUCUCAGCCCGCGUUAGUGGAUUCAGGUAAGACAAAUGCCCAGUUGCAGAUGUCGGCUAUCAAUGGAGAGGCUAGUAAGGAGGAGCAGGAGCGAGAGAACGAGGAGAAAAUCAGGAAGCUGCAGGAGGAGAUCAAGAAGAAGAAGGAGGAGGAGGAGAAAGCCAAAGAGCUGAGAGCCCAGGACAAGUCGCGGCCUAUUUCCAGCACGCCUGUUCCGGGUACACCUUGGUCUUCAUUCAGUGAUUUUGCACAAAAGUAUGCGAAAGAGGAGCGCUUCAAAGGCGUCGAAAAGAUGCGCGAACGGGAGAGCCUUUUCAACGAAUACUUGAUAGAAGUAAGGAAACGAGAAAAAGAGGAGAAGAACCAGCGGAGAGAAACGGUCAAGAAAGAUUUCAUUGCCAUGCUUCGAGAGCAUUCCGAUAUCGACCGGCAUUCGCACUGGUCAGAAGUCAAAAGGAAGGUAGACUCUGACGCUAGAUACAAAGCCGUAGACUCGCACGGUCUUCGAGAAGACUGGUUCAGAGAGUACUGCAAGAUAUUGAAGGACGAAAAGAAGAAGGCGAAGGAGAAAGAUCGCGAACACAAGCGAGAAAAGGAGAAGCAUAAGAAGAAGGACAAGGAUAAGGACAAGGAGCGUCACUCCAAGGAGAAGAAGGAGAAGGAGAAAGACAAGGAGAGGGAGAAGGAGAAAGAUAAGGAAAAGGAGAAGGACGACUCUAAGAAAGAGGACGACGAGGAAUCCAUUAAGGAGGUUGAGGAACCAGAAAAGGAAGAGAGCGAUGAUGAAAAAGAACAGAAGGACAAAGACAAGCAGGCAAGAGUCGAGGCUAGCCUCCGCGAAAGAGAAAAGGAGGUGCAAAGGACAUUGGCUACUCACAUGAGAGACCGUGAUAAGGAAAGAGAACAACAUAAACGAGACGAAGCUGUGCAGCAUUUCAACGCACUUCUCUCGGAUUUGGUUAGGAACUCUGAUCUGAGUUGGAGAGAGGUGAAGAGGAUCCUUCGGAAGGAUCACAGAUGGGAUCUGGCUGACAGCCUCACCAGAGAGGAUAAGGAGAAACUGUUCAACGAGCACGUCGAGCUGCUGAUCAAGAAAAAGAGGCAAAACUUCCGAGAAUUGCUGGACGAAACCAGCGAGGUUUCUUUGGUGAGUACUUGGAAGGAGAUCAAGAAGUUGAUAAGGGAUGACCCGAGGUAUUCGAAGUUUGCUUCGAGCGAAAGGUGCGAGAGAGAGUUCAAGGACUAUUUGAAAGACAAGUUAUCAACGGCCAAAACCCAGUUCAAGGAGCUCCUCCACGAAACGAAGCUGAUAACCCACAAGUCCUUGCAAACUCUCAGAGAAUCACAAGGACACAUGCAAGAGAUCGAGGACAUCUUAAAGAACGACAAGCGUUACCUAGUCUUGGACCACAUUCCUCAAGAGAGAACGCAGCUGGUGCUGAAUUAUUUGGAGGAACUCGACAGAAGGGGGCCUCCUCCUCCUCCGACAGCUAGCGAGCCGAACAGAAGAAGUAUCAAGUAGAUUUUUAAUGUUUCGAAAUUGAAUUUUUUUUGUUUGGUUAUGUGUAAACACAUACCGAACUUUCACAUAAAACCGACCAGAUUUUGUUAUUGAAGUGCGCAGAGGGGAAUAUAGUAUCGAUUUAUUUUAGGAUGAUAGUUGAGCUUGAGAGAAAUAUGAUGUUGAGUAAAUUUUGUAGGACAGUAUGUUAUUAGGAUGCAUUUUAUAAAUGGUAAAUACAUUUUGAAGAUUUUGACGUUU